AUGAUCAAUAAAAACAUUUAUCAGGCCCCUCGGCUAGCAGAGAAAUACUGCGUUUGCCACCUGGCGACUGGAGACAUGCUGAGGGCCAUGGUGGCUUCAGGCUCCGAGCUCGGCAAGAGGCUGAAGGAGACGAUGGAUUUUGGCAAACUGGUCAGUGAUGAGAUGGUCGUGGAGCUCAUAGAGAAGAACCUUGAGUCGUCGGCCUGCAGGAACGGAUUCCUGUUGGAUGGAUUCCCCCGAACGGUCAAACAAGCAGAGAUG